UUUGCGGCCUUAUGUUCUGCUAAUGAUAUUGCACUAAAUUUAAUUGCACUACAUUAAGUUUUUAAUAUCUUUCGUAAAAGUUAUAUGAGUAUGAAAAUGUCGAUACAAUUUGUCAUGAAUAACUUAAAUUUUAAGAUUUUCGCGCAUAAAAUUAUAUCGCGCGCUGUGUGUGCGGCGGCGUAAUUCGCUACUCGUAUAGCCGUCUCGUUUCUUCUUGUGUGUGCUUAACCGUUGCUCACCGCAUCAAGAACAUUGCUGCUCACACACACGUCAGUCUGUGGCAAACAAUUGGAGGGGGAGGAUGUGUCUGUUUGCUCCAGAAAUCGUGUGUGAUUUUUUUGUUCUGGAUUUGGUUCCAUCGCUGUUUGUUUUGGUGAAUUUGAAAAGGUAAGGCCGCAAAUACACAACGCGCGUUUUCCGCGCCCGCGUUCAAACGCGUAUAACAGUAGAACAGUUCCGCAGAGAUGUCCAGCAUGAACAUUUCUGCGUUUCCGCGGUAGCGCGUUCGAAUGACAUUUCAUCAUUGUUUACAUUUUGGCCGGUAAAACGUUGUUUGUUGUAUUUGCGUGAAAUUUACGAUAAAAACACAAAAAUGGGUAAUAAAGGAGUGAUAGAAUGUAUAUUUGGAGAUAUAUAACCCCAGUUUUCUAUUUUUAGAUUAUAUGCCAGACAAAAAAAAGAGGAAGAAGAACAUCCAUAUGAGUGAGGAAAUUACUCUUGUGUUUGUAGACCUUGUGUUCCGGCAUGAAGCCAUUUGGAACCGGAAACACAAGGAUUACAAAGAUAUUAAUCGUCGGAACGACGAUUGGUGCAGCAUAGCUGACCAAGUGGGAUUGUCAGUCAAUGUGUUGAAGGACAAGUGGGCAUCACUCCAGUCUACAUAUAGAAAGUGCCGAUCAACAUACAACAAGAGUCUGGUAACUGGUUCUGGAGCUGAUGAAGUUGACAACCCCACUUGGUUUGCCUAUAGUGCGAUGCGGUUUCUCGAUGGAACAACCGAUUGUGGUAAAACGUUGAAUACCGUAAGUAAAUAUAUACAUUCGGUCCGCGUUGGUUGAACUUUGAUAUCAUCUCAAUAAUUUUAUUUGUGUUUUUAUAUGGAAAAAGCACAAGUUUAAUAGUUGACAUGCAAUCUAAGUUCUAUCAGCGAGUUCAAACUAUUUAUGUUUUAUUUUAUGUCCAUGGUUAUAUUAUUCUAUAAGCUCUUCACAUCAUUUUAAACGAACGUAUUACCGAUAGUAUAAGGUAAAAAAGAUAAUAAAACUAAUAAUAUUGUUUUCCACAAAUUUUACAAAUGUAUUCAAGCGCAUUGUAUGCUACCAGCUAUCCGAAAUUAGAAAAACUAUUAAAUAUUUAGCGCUUUCUUUUGAUUUACUGAUUGUUUAUUUGAAAGAGAGGAGAACGAGAUGAGUUGCGAGAUAAGACUUACAUUUAUUACUGUACAAAUUCAACUUAUACAUUAAAUGGUAGUAGUGCAAUAAUCCUUACUUUAUGUAAGCAGAGUAAGUUCGUAGUAUUAGUGUUCGGCAAGGAUUUGCAAGGUUGUCACAAAUAUAAAUUUAUUAAUUUUAUUUAUUUCAUUAGUUUUCCUAUUUUCAAUUAUUU